AUGGACCAAAAUCAUCCUUUGAAUUCAACAGCAGAGGAGCAACCAUCAGUUAAAAGGAAAACCAGAUGCUGCAAUGGAUUCAAGGUAUUCUUCAUAGCCCUAUCAUUCAGUUUUAUUGCGAAAACUCUAGCUGGAAGCAUUAUGAAAACCUCCAUUACUCAGAUAGAAAGGAGAUUCGAUAUAUCUUCUUCUGUUGCUGGCUUAAUUGAUGGAAGCUUUGAAAUUGGAAAUUUGCUUUUUAUUGUAUUUGUAAGUUAUUUCGGAUCCAGGCUACACAGACCAAGGCUGAUUGGAAUUGGUUGCAUAGUUAUGGGAAUUGGAAGUAUUUUGACGGCUUUACCACAUUUCUUCAUGGGAUAUUAUAGAUAUUCUAAAGAAAACAAUUUUAACCUACCAUUGAAUUCAACAUCAAGCGUGCCAACUUGUUCAAAUAGUCAAUUCAAUAGAACAUCCUCUGGAAUAGUGGAAAAUGGGUGUGUAAAGGAAUCUGGGUCAUCCCUCUGGAUUUAUGUCUUAAUGGGCAAUAUGCUUCGUGGAAUUGGGGAAACCCCAAUUGUACCCUUGGGAAUUUCUUACAUUGAUGAUUUUGCUAAAGAAGGACAUUCUUCUUUUUAUGUAGGAAGUUUGAAUGCAAUAGCAAUGCUUGGUCCAAUGUCUGGCUUUCUUCUGUCUUCUUUCUUGGCUACAAUAUACGUGGACAUUGGAUAUGUAGAUCUAAGCAGUAUCCGAAUAACUCCUAAGGAUUCUCGUUGGGUUGGUGCUUGGUGGCUUGGUUUCCUUGUGGCUGGAAUAUUCGCUUUUGUUUCAUCUAUACCAUUCUUUUUCCUUCCCAAAAGUCUGAAAAAAACAGACAGAGGCAGAAAAUUUUCAGUGUCUUCACAAACUCCUAAAACAAAGGAAGAAAUGAUGUCAGCCAAAUUAACCAUUAAGGAGCAAAAGAUAACUGAAAAUGUUUUGGGCUUCUUUCAGUCCUUGAAAAGCAUACUUACCAAUCCCCUAUAUGUUAUUUACUUGAUUGCAUCAGUGUUAAACUUCAGCAACCAUGUUGGUGGUGUUACUUAUGUCUUCAAACACAUAGAACAACAGUAUGGCAAGUCAAUAGGUGAAGCAAACUUCUGGAUAGGAGUCAUCUCCCUACCUACUUUUUCACUUGGAUUGUUUUUAGGAGGAUAUAUCAUUAAAAAAUUCAAAUUGAAUGUGAUGGGAAUUUCAAAAUUGUCCCUUUUAUUCUUCGUAUUAGCUUUCUUAUUUCAGUCAUCUAAUUUCUUCCUAUUCUGUGAAACCAAAUCAGUUGCUGGCUUAACCUUGACCUAUGAUGGAAAAAACUCAGUGACUUCUCAUAGAAAUGUACCACGUGCUUAUUGCAACAUAGACUGCAAUUGUGAUGAAAGCCAAUGGGAACCAGUCUGUGGAGAAAAUGGAAUGAUUUAUGUGUCACCUUGUCUAGCAGGAUGCAGGUCUUCAGGUAGUAAAUCAAAGUCGAAAUUUAAUGUUAUUUUUUUUUACAGAAAUGUUGAACCAGAACUGAAAUCACUUGCUGUGGGUUUCCAUUCACUGACUAUGCGAUCACUAGGAGGAAUUCUAGCCCCCAUAUAUUUUGGGGCUCUGAUUGAUAAAUCAUGUUUGAAGUGGUCGAUCAACAGUUGUGGAAAGCAAGGCAGUUGUAGAAUAUAUGAUUCCAAAUUAUAUGGAAACUAUUUCUUCGGCUUGAUGCAGGGCUUAUCGUUAGCAUCAAUUGUUUUCCUUAGUUCAUAUUUAUAUGUCAUGAAAAGAAAACAUCAAGGAAAAGGUACAAAGACAGAAAAUGGAGUGAAAAUGAAUGAAGCAAGCUUAGAACCCUUAAACAACAAUGGACAUUUUGUAUCUUCUGUCAAAGAAGAUGGUGAAACACCUAAUUAA